UUAUCCCAGCUGGAGCCAUCCCUCUCCUCGGGAACGCCGUGAGCUUUUCCAGGAUUUCCCUUUGGAGUCUCCCGGGAUCUGCUGGAGGGAUCGCUCCGGAGCCAUGGGAUCGGCGGAGGACACGGAGUGGCUGCGCUGGGUGAGCAAAAGAUUUGGGAAUGUCGCUGGGAAGGAGAAGGAAAUCAGCCUGGAAGAGUUCAAAUCUGCCCUGCAGGUCAAGGAGUCCUUCUUUGCCGAGAGGUUUUUUGCGCUCUUCGAUUCCGACGGGAGCGGCUCCCUGAGCCAGGAGGAGCUGCUGGGAUCCCUGCGCCGGCUGCUCCGCGGGAAUUCCAUGGAAAAGCUCCACUUCCUCUUCCAGGUGUACGACGUGGACGGGAGCGGCUCCAUCGACGCCGAGGAGCUGCGGGUGGUGCUCCGGGGGUGUCUCCGGGAGAAUUCCCUGGCCCUUCCCGAGGAGCGGCUCGGGGCCCUGAGCCAGGCCCUGCUCCAGGCCCUGGACCGGGAUCACAGCGGCUCCAUCACCUUCCCGGAGCUGCGGGAGCAGCUGGAGGCGUUCCCCGAGCUCCUGGAGAGCCUGAGCAGCAGGUGGGGACGGGAACUCCGGGAUUUCUGGGAAAGGAUCCCAUGGGGAGCCCACAGCGGGUUGGGAGCAGCUGGAGAGGUUUGGGAUUGGAGCGGAGAUGGGUCGGGAUGGGGCAGGCCCCCCAGUCCCAGCCCUGCUGAGCCCUGGCUGUGCUGCUUUUCCCGGGAAUCCCAUGAGGAUCACCGGGCCGGGAUCUGCUGCUUUUCCCGGGAAUCCCAUGAGGAUCACCGGGCCGGGAUCUGCUGCUUUUCCCGGGAAUCCCGGGUGGAUCACCGAGCCGGGAUCUGCUGCUUUUCCCGGGAAUCCCUCCGGGAUCACCGUGCCCGGUGGUGCUGCCUGGGGCUCUGGGUCGCCACCUCGGCGCUCCUGCUCGCCCUGGGGGCUCUGUGGCACCGGGAGCGCGGCCCGGCCCUGGCACUGGCCCGGGGCUGCGGGCAGAGCCUCAACCUCAACUGCGCCCUGCUGCCCGCGCUGAUGCUGCGGCGCUCCCUGACCCGGCUCCGUUCCACGCCGCUGGCGGAGCUGUUCCCGCUGGAGCUGCACGUGCGGGGCCACGAGCGCGUGGGACACCUGGUGCUGGCCCUGGGGACAGCCCACGCGGGGGCACACCUGGCACGGGCGGGCCUGGCCGGGUCACUGGCCCCGGGUGGCGUUGGUGGCUGUGCCCCGCAGACCGGGCUGGCCCUGCUGGCGCUGCUCCUGCCCAUGCUCGCCUGCUCCAGCCCCUGCGUGCGCCGCGGCGGCCACUUCCAGCUUUUUUACUGGAGCCACCUCUCCUACAUCCCCGUGUGGUUCCUGCUGCUCCUGCACGCUCCCCAAUUCUGGAAGUGGUUCCUCGUUCCCGGCUCCCUGUUCGUGCUGGAGAAGGUUCUGGGCUGGGCGUGGCGCCGGGCGGGGGAUCUGCACAUCCUGGAGGCCAAACUGCUGCCCUCCAAGGUGACCCACCUGGUGAUCCAGAGGCCGAAAUCCUUCCGCUUCCAGCCGGGGGAUUUUGUCUACCUGAACAUCCCGGCCAUCGCCGCCUACGAGUGGCACCCCUUCUCCAUCAGCAGCGCCCCGGAGCAGCCAGAAACCCUCUGGCUGCACAUCCGGGCGCGGGGCCAAUGGACCACCAAGCUCUACGAGUACUUCCAGCAGCGGGAAUCGCACGGCCCGGAGCCGAAUCCGCCCGGGAAGGGCUGGAGGGAGCGGAGGAGCCGGGAACAGGAAGGAUCCGUGGCCUCGGGCAGGGAUGGAGCCGUGGAGCUGACGGCGUUCCGAGCCUCCGGAGCUGCUUUCCCGGGAAAGGACCCGGAGCAGGGGGGCGCCGGGCCCGGGGAGACCCAGCGGAGCUGCAGCGUCAAGUGCUUCCUGGACGGUCCGUACGGAACUCCGAGCCGGCGGAUCUUCACCUCGGAGCACGCCGUCCUCAUCGGGGCCGGCAUCGGGAUCACCCCCUUCGCCUCCAUCCUGCAGAGCAUCAUGUUCCGGUACCGGCGGCGGAAGCAGAGCUGCCCCAGCUGCCAUUUCUCCUGGAGCGAGGAACGGCGGGAUGAGGAGAUGACGCUCCGGAAGGUGGAUUUCAUCUGGAUCACGCGGGACCAGCAGCACCUGCAGUGGUUCCUGGGCCUCCUGGCCAAGCUGGAGACGGAGCAGGCGGAGCUGGAGCCGGGAGGGAAUUUCCUGGAGCUGCAGCUGUACAUGACCUCGGCGCUGGGCUGCGGGGACGUGCGGGCGCUGGGGCUGCAGCUGGCGCUGGAGCUGCUGGCGGCCCGCGAGCAGCGCGAUUCCAUCUCCGGCCUCCGCAGCCGCACCCGGCCCGGCCGCCCCCACUGGGACAAGGUGUUCGGGAAGGUGGCGUUGGAGCGGCGUGGGAAUGUCGCCGUGUUCUUCUGCGGCUCCGCGGCGCUGGCCGGGAUCAUCCGCCGGCACUGCCGCGCCUUCGGCUUCCGCUUCUCCAGGGAAAACUUCUGAGCGGAGCCGGUCCCGGGACGCCCAGCCCGGAUCCGCGGGGACCGGGAGAGAGAGACGGGGCUGGGCCACGGAGCUCUGGGAAUGUUUCCUUCGGAUCCGAGAAAAAAUCGGGAAA